AGAGGUCACGAGCUCAUUAGUGUUAAAGCGUCGCCCUCCGAUCCCUGACGAAGACUUUCAGACAUCACGCCCGUAUUUCUUUUCUUUUUUUUAGGGGAAGACAAACACGUGGUGGCUCGGGUGGCGCGGGCAGGCGGUGUGUGUCAUGACGUUCUGGGUGACUGUGCUUGCGUUGUCUCUCCUCUUGCGUCGUUUUAACGUGUAAAAGAAAAACUCGGAAACCUCGCUGUGGUGAUGAUGUAGACGCACAGGGGAAGGCAGUCCAAUGGAGAUAAUUUUCUGCGGAAGAACGAGAGAGACAGAGAUAAAGAGCGACGAGGGAAGAUCUGUUGGGAGCAGUUCCAGAAAUAACCAUGAGCGGGGCGGCGUGACCCACCGCGCGGCGAGCCAGCGAGAGUAAACAAGCACCGCAAAACAUGAGACAGACAUCGUCAUCGACAAGGCCUCCGCCGUCGCCUUCUUCGGCGUCGGUUACACUGGCGGCGUUGUUGUGGCUCGCGGUGACGUCAUCCGCUCUCCCAGACGACCUUCCCGUGACGUCACCGAACAUCUCGUACCCUGCCGCCGCCGCCGCCGCCAAGUUGCCUAAUCCUUUUCCCAGUCCGUUGAGGCGAUUCGGCGACGAGGGCCAGCAAGCACUCCCUGACGGCGACCGACGAGCGCAGGGGAAGCGAGGCGAGAGAGGGGAAGUGGGGAGCACGAGCGACCAUGUAUCCGAGGGGAGAGAGACGGAGGGGAAGAGGACAGAAGGCGACGCAAAGAAAACGGGAAAUCCUCCGCUGGGAGAGACUCGGCCAGAGAGGAAUGUGUCGUUCGUGGCCGUCCGUCGGGAAAGAUCACCCGGCCGCCGAUUUCGCAGGGCGGCAAGGAUCCUGCAUGGCCCCCUCUGGACAGCCGAAGGGACACUCUUCGUCGAGCUGGUCGUGGUGGCCGACUACAGCAUGUAUCGCCACUACGGGUCGGGGGUGUACGAGCGCAUAAGGGAGGUCGUUAGCACAGCGGCGGGGUUCCUCCGUCGGGUCGGUGUCGUUGUGGUGCUGACGGAGGCGAGGGUGUGGAGCCGCGGGGACGAGAUCGCCGUCACCUCGAAUCGCCACAAAACGCUCAACAAGUUCGAAAUUUACCGGAAUAAACUGCUGGAGGAGGAACCGCAUCUCGCCAACGAUAACACCGUCCUUAUGACACGACAGGCUUUCGAAAACGCGGCUGGCUUGGCCUUCACUGGAAUGAUGUGCAGCGGCGGCCUUUCCUCGGUAUUAGUCCGCGACGACGACAGGAGCUCGGGCAUCAUCGGGCACGUCCUGGCGCACGAGUUGGGGCACAGCCUGGGCAUGAAACACGACGAAGAAAAGUACGAAGACACCGGCGAAGACUGUCGGUGUCCGUCUGGCUCCUGCCUCAUGAUUAGCUCCGUGCCACUGAAUUACAACUCGAACCGGACCUGGAGCUCCUGCAGCCACAAGUACCUACAGAGGCAAAGGCAGAGCAAAACGCUCGGCUGCCUGGCGAACAUCCCGACGAAGGUGCUCCCGGGGGCGAGCUGCGGCAACGGCAUCGUGGAGGAGGGGGAGCAGUGCGACUGCGGCCUGCCCGAGUUCUGCCGCAACAACUGCUGCGACGCCAGAACCUGCAGGCUCAAGGCCAACGCCACCUGCGCCUCGGGGGCCUGCUGCGACACGGACACGUGCAAGCCUUAUCCUGCAGGAACGGAGUGCCGUUCUGCCCGCGGCGAGUGUGACCUGCCCGAGUUCUGCCACGGCAACUCCGAAACCUGCCCCGACGACCUGCACAAGCGCGAUGGCACUUCCUGCAUGUAUGAGAGGGGCUACUGCUACGCGGGGCGGUGCGGCAGCCACGAUGGGCGGUGCCGCGAGGUGUGGAACCAACCCACGUGGGCGGCCAGUUCCGUCUGCUUCACUCGCCUCAACACGGAGGGCUCGGAGGACGGAAACUGCGGCCUCCUGCGCAAUCAGCACGUCCAGUGCGAUAGAGACUCGGUCAUGUGUGGCACCCUGCACUGCGUCCCCCGUGACAGAUAUCUCUCGGGCCUCCCUUGGUACCACUUGAACUACACGCGGGAGGUGGACUCGACCUCCUGCUCCUUCGUCAUUAGCUCAGAGGAGUACCCGAGCUCGGAUUGGCUCUCUCCGGACGGAGCCAAGUGCGCGGAGGGGAAGAUGUGUGUCAACCAGAGGUGUGUCGCCGUGCCCGUCGCCGACGGAACGAGGCAAUGCCCGGGUAAUUGCUCCGGACACGGCGUCUGCAACAACAAGAACAAAUGCCACUGCGACCCCGGCUUCUCUCCCCCCGACUGCGCCAAGCCGGGCAUGGGGGGGUCUGAGGACAGCGGGCCGGCCUCGAGAGCGAACAAAGAUGGAAGUACCGCCGCUCUGGUGCUGUGCGUGUUGUUCGUCUUGCUGCUGACCCUGGCUGCGGCUCUGUUCUGCGCUUGGGGGAGUCUCCGGCGCUGCUGGGAGAAGAAAGGUCGCGAGAAAGUGUCCGCCAUCGCCCCCCGCUGCGCCUCCUGCAUCGACACCUGCUGCUGCCCUCUAGUGUCCAAGAUCACCCACUGGAUGGUCACCGUCGGCCCCCUCGGGAAGCGGCCACGGACCUCUCGGAAGGAAAUCCACACCGUUGACGUCUCGGCGGCCACGGAGAACGGUAGGACGAUCUGCCAGGUCGACCUAGACUUCGAGGGUCGGCAGCGCUCGAGGACGAACUCGUGGGGAGUCGCGAACGAGCGUUUGGUCACCGAGAUCGUCACGCUCGAACCAAAGAAUUCGCCGGAGCUGCACCGAAAGGUCCAGCUCCCCUCGGACUCCUCAAGCCUCAAGUCGGUGGAUUCCUUGAAGCGUCCGAAGUACAUGCAGUCUGUGUCUGUGGACUCGGGCUGCGUGCUGGACGCGGACGAGAACAAUCUCAAAGAUUCUCAAUCUUCGAAUGUCUCCAUGAGGAGUUUAGUAAGCCUGUUUAGCAAGUUCGGCACAAAGGGACAAGGUGUCGACCCGGACAAGGGAAACAGAAGGUCCGUCACCAUGGGGGAAGAAAAGGCCAUGCCCUUGAGUCGCAUCGUUGUGGAUCCUUAUAUCAACAAUCGGCGAUCAAGGCACGGAACACCCCCGCCCAUCCCCACGCAACCGCCCGUGGCCCUGCGGCCAGCCUACGGCCGUUCCAUCUCAACGGACGUCCCUGCUGCUCGAGGACGGCCUGUACAGCCUCCCCCGAUGCCUCCUUCCAAAACGAAGCCCCUUCAAAACUGCGAGAACACCCCCGACCCCUCCUCGAAGCUGGCAUCGAAUCCCUUCAUUCAGUCCGAGAAGCAGAAGCGGAGGACGAGCAGUUCGAGUUCGUGCGACAGCGUCCAGUCGAAUGGGCGCGGCCGGCCCAUCGCUCUGACUGCGAGCAGCCAAGACAACGAUAAGAAACCACCAAUGAAGCCACCUGGACUUCCGCGACCGACCUCACGAACGUCUCCUGCCCGAGAGCCUCCCUCUCUACCUCGGCUCACAGAAGCCUCAGAGGCGAACGCAAAGAAGCCUUUCCGACCUAGCCAGCAGGCGAUCCCUUCAGCUGCUGCUGCGAGACCGCCCUUCCACUCAGCGGGCAGGGGGGCGGCAAGGACACACGGCGCAAAGCCAAUGCCAGGAAAGCUAGGCAAAGCUGAUUCUCAAAACACUGCCAAGAACAGAAAGAUAAUGGAUCUCGCUCGGAAGUUCGAACAGCAAUGAUAUCGUCUACAUUUUUUUCUUGAGUUGAUUGAAGUUUGAAGUGACCUUAGACUUUUUCUAUAUAUUUAUUUGUCCACUAUUUAUUUAUUCCGAAGCUCACAGAAACACGAAGCUGCAAACCACCGGUGACUUUUUUCACACGGAAAGCUUUUCAUGAAAAAUGCCGCAAAUGAUGAACUUUGACAUGCAAAUAUAAGGUGUACAACAUUCCUUUUUCACUAGGAAUCUCUUGCCAAGACAUUACUAGUCAUGACACGCACAUGGUCAGUAUAGUAAGAAUAGAAAUAUGUUAGAAAUAGAAAAAGUUUCUGUGAUAUAGUGAUUUUUUCUUUUGAUCCAAAGAGUUUUAUACCAAGUAUAUCCAGGUGGAUUUCGUCAUUUGUGUACAAUUAUUGUUUCCCUUUUGUCUGAGUUUGGUUACGAUAAUCAAUCAUUUACUACCUACUUAUCCUCGACUGCAGCCUCUGCAAUGUCAUCCAAACGUAGUUUUAGCUCUCGAAACCAAAUAAAUCCAUUGAGAAGAAUGGAUUUGAAUAUUCUUGAAGUUUAUGGUGUACUUGGUAGAAUAAGUAAAGCGCAGUUUCUGGCUGAGUGACUUUUAGAUACUUAAAGGCCUUAACAGGUCUCAGCGAAAUCUCCAAAGUCUGCCAAAGGACAUGUGCCAGGGAUACCCGUAUUUUAGUCAGUAGGAAUGUUAUGUAUUUAUGUGUAUUUGUGUGGAUGUGUGUGUGUGUGUGUGUGUGUGUGUGUGUGUGUGUGUGUGUGUGUGUGUGUGUGUGUGUGUGUGUGUGCUUGUGUGUUUUUGUGUGUGUGUGUGUUUGUGUGUGUGUGUGUGUGUGUGUUUGUGUGUGUGUGUUUGUGUGUGUGUGUAUUAUGUCUGUUAUUAUGCAAAGAUAUUAUUUGGUACUUUUAACUUCUGUGUGGGAGUGGCGCUAUUGUAACUAAGUAUGUAUUCUGUUUUGCCUUCAGUCUGAUGGAAUAUGAUCUGUGUUGAAUGUCUUCACUGCCGUUGUCAGUCAUAAACAGAUGAAAAAAAAAAGAAAAAUAAAGUACGACGUGAUGCUUUGCAACUGUGCUGCAAUACGAUGCUGUCAAUGGCUGAUGUUCGGCGUUGAAUGCAGAAGCAGUCACCAACAAAUAAAAAUAAAUGCUCCGCUUAAUGUUUAAGGAUUCUCUUUACCGACAUUCUAAAGAAAUUGUAUAUGUUCACAAAUACGCGCGCGCGCACGCACACACACACACACACACACACACACACACACACACACACACACACACACACACACACACACACACACACACACACACACACACACACACACACGCACACACACGCUCACACGCUCACACACACGCUCACACACACGCUCUCUCUCACACACACACACACACACACACACACACACACACACACACACACACACACACACACACACACACACACACACACACACACGCUCACACACA